CCAUGUCAGGAUGGGGUGGGAUCAUCUUCAUUGAACAAUAAGAAUUUCUCUAUUGGUAUAGCGGCAUCAAGCGGUUAUUGAACAGUUAGUGGUGGUUCAGAAUAGCACUUUAAAACCAAGUGUGUUGCAAGUGAAUUAAUUUAACUCGCAUUAAAUGUGUUCUAUGUUUAACCUUUCGUCCAUCGCGUAUCGUUUGCCGAACAUCGUCAGUCACACAGUGAAGGAAUCGCCGCAAUGUUAAUUUCAGUGCAAUAUUGCUAUGUCGAUUUCGAAGUUUCACUCAAUCGCAUCAGAAAAAUGUCUUCUACAAGCUUUGAAUGAACUUGGGCGUAGUUCUAAGCUUCUAUGGGUCGUUUUUAUUAUGAGUGCUUUAGCGUCAUUAACAAAUGGAUUACAUUCAAUGUCUUACGUUUUCAUUGCUGAGGUACCCAAUUAUCGGUGCUCGAUUCCCGAGCUAAAAAAUGCAAAUUGGACAGAUGAACAAAUUAAAAAUAUUUCAAUAAUUGACGACUGCCAAAUAUAUGAUUAUAAUUAUACAUAUCUCGCGAGUUUGAUGUAUGAAGAAGCUAUAGAAUAUGUCAAAGAUAUUGAAUUAAAUACCAGUAUUGUUUCUUGUUCAUCAAUUGUAUAUGAAAACAGCGGAAGAUCAACGAUUGUAAAUGAGUGGCAAUUGGUCUGUGACAGAAAAUUAUAUCGAGCAAACACAUUUUUUGUAUUUGCAUUUGGAAGGCUUUUAGGUUUUGGAAUUUUGGGAAUAUACGCAGACAAAUAUGGAAGAAAAAAGUCAUUGGUAAUUGGCUUGAUAUUACAAAUAAUUGCUGUACCUUCAAGUGCAGUAAUACCAUGGUUUUUGGGUUAUAUCUUUCUAAAAUUAGUAACAGGAAUAAGUGUGGGUGCUUUGUAUUCGUCUGGAUAUACAAUAAUGUCAGAAGUGGCGAAUGAUAGCAGAAGAAAGGUGUUGGGUGUUUUCGCUGAUGUUAUGUAUCCUGUUGGAACUUGUAUUAUUGUAACUCUUGCUUAUUUUAUAACAAAUUGGCGAUACCUACAAAUGUCAUUAGCAGUAUUUACUAUUCCGACGAUGAUCCUUAUUUGGUCCAUUCCCGAAUCACCGCAGUGGUUGAUAUCACAAAAUCAUCAUGAUAAAGCAGAGAAAAUAAUCGAAAAAUAUCGUAAAGUUAUAAUUGCACCAUCUCUAGUUCCAGAUAAUCUAUCGCUUGAAUCGAUUUCAACAGACUGCCCGAAAAAAAGCCAAUUCAAAAUGUUAAUUCAUCGCUAUUUUGAAAGUAUAAGAAUUCUUUUUACAAAUCCUAGCUUGCGAAAAAAUAUAAUAAUUAUGUAUUUUUCAUUCUUCGUUUCUAUAUCAGUUGGCUAUUGUCUUGUAUUUUCAGUCGACACAUUCAAUAUUAAUCGUUAUAUUUAUAUGGCAACAGUAGCAAGUUCUGAAAUACUAGCACUCAUGACAGUUCCAGUGAUUCUGAUAUUUUUGAGUUGCCAGAAUGCAACCGUUGUUCUAUAUAUAACUGCAUCUAUUUGUAUGAUUUCGAUAGUAGUAAUCCCUAGAAAUGAAAUAUAUAUAGUUUUAGGAAUGACAAUGUUAUCAAAAUUUUGCUUGACAGCAUGUUUUACUACCAACAUGUUAUUUUCCUCGGAAUUGUUUCCCCCAAGUGUUAGAAAUUCCUCCUUUGGAACAAGUUUACUUAUGGGACAAGUUGGUUGUAUGACUGCACCAUACAUUGUUGAUUUACUGGGAAAAAUCGCCUGGUGGGCUCCAAAUACUCUCUGUGGUACUUUAGCACUUAUAGCAGGACUUUUAAUUCGUUUAAUAUCUAAAAAAGAACUAAAUAAUAAUGAUAGCAAUUCUCAUUCUGAAGAAGAAAUAAAAAUAUAG